CUUUUUGUUCUGUUGACACCACCCUGAAAGUCAGCAAAACAUAGGCUCUUAAGUUACUAAAGUUGCUUUGGGAAAAUGUCACCCUAGAUCUGCUGCCAUGGAGUUUGGAAGCAGCCUGGCACUGAAGACCUGAGCCGCAGGGGUCCCUCCCCACGCCUGCCAGCACGGAUGGAUGCUAACUUACCCAGACUGUACUGUGCCAUGCAGCAUGCGACAUUUUUUUUGCCAGGCUAGGAAAUCUGGGUCCCUAUCUAAACCCAGAUAACUCGAUUGUCCCAGAGAAGCUAGGAUGGUAGCCUGGGGAGAGGUCAGAGGCACGCAGGGACCUUCGCUGCCGGCGCUGCGGCGUUGGGCUGAAACGGGGUCCGGGGCUCCUGAACCGGGCUCCGCAGGGAACGCUCCCGGCAACCCUCCUGGCCACCCCCGGCCUUCACCUGCAUGGCUUGUGCACCUCGCUCCUCCUUGGUGGCAUUCUUCCUGCACGCAUUUCUGCGGAUGCGUGGUGCGCAGCAAGCACCAGCAUGGUAAGCGAAGGUCAGAAAGCAGCAAGCAUUGCACAUGGAUAGGCAGACUGAAGGCUGUGACAGGACAAGUUUCCCGUUGGCCAAAUUUCAGCGGUCUAGCCCAGCACCCCUGCAAGGAUCACAAGAGGAACUGCAGCCUAAACUGGGAGAGAUCGGAAGAUUCCAGCAAAAAAGUGGCUUCUGUAGCUGGCAUCCUCUGCCCAGAAGAAAGCAGUCCUAGUUGUCUCCCUCCUUCCCUGCCCCAUUCCUUCCCAUGCAGGGUCUCACCUCAGCUCACAGAUCCCAGUCCCCCGAGCCAACUCUGCAGAGUGGGUAUCGACCGCAGUGCUCUGCAGCACAAGGGCAGUGGUGCCACUGGUCCGCAUAAAGGAUCGCUCCUGGGAGCAUGCCCCGGACCGCUUUGACGGCAGGCCAGUGUGUGCCCGUUUAAUCACGUCAGCGCUCAGCAGAGGCUUUUGUAGCCCCAGCGGGCCCUUCGGGCAGGGGAGGUCGUUGCAGUUCCUCUGCCUCGAGGGAAGGGCAGCGGCAGCUUGCAGGUGUGAGAGCACCUGUGGGCAGGGGGGUCUUCUGCUGCCAAGCCAAAUCGACAGGGUGCAGGAGUGCUCCAGGAACCAAACACAUGAGUAUCAAAACCAAACAGCACUCGGCGC